AUGCCUGCAAUCGUGAAAACCAGCAAGAAACGCGCUGCCGCGCCCCACUCUGGCGGACCUUCCUCAAAGAAGCCACAUCUUGGGAAAUCUGCUGCUACCACGUCAAAGCCUCGGCGCAGUCAGCGUAUCACUGUCCCAGCGCAACCCGACAAUGAUGAGUCCGAAGACGAUGAAGUAGAAGACGAGCAUGAAGACGAAGACCAAUGGGUAGAUGAAGAAGAUGGCUUAGACCACGAUGAUAUAGCAAUGGACGUCGACUCCAAACCUGCUAAAGACCCCAAUGCUAUCAGAGAGGCUAGAAAGGCCCAAAAAGUGGUUCAGGACCAGAGAAAAGCUGCCAAACCACAUUCCGAUCUUUUGGUUGAUGCUAAGAAGCUGUGGUCACUCGCUCGUCAACGCAACACAUCCCCAGAAGAACGUCAAAAGCAUGUUCAAAGCCUCAUGAAUAUAAUCAGAGGAAAGGUCAAAGAUAUUGUAUUCAAACACGAUGCAAGUCGGAUCAUUCAGACGAUUGUGAGGAACGGGAAGCAGAAGGAGCGCGACGAGAUUGCUGCGGAGCUCAGGGGCCGCUAUAAAGAUUUAGCCCAGAAUAAAUACUCGAAAUUCCUGGUCUCAAAACUCAUACGUCUCUGUCCGACACAUCGCGCGUCUAUCUUGACCGAGUUUGAAGGCCACGUCAUUCGAUUACUUCUCCAUCGUGAAGCAUCUUCUGUCCUUGCUGAUGCAUUCGAACUUUGGGCGAACUCGUACGAGCGUACGAUCCUGGUAAGGGAGUUCUAUGGCAAGGAAGCUGCCCUUUUCGCCACAGAUAAUGGUGGAGAGGUUGAUAAGGCGAAGGCUAGAGGUGGGCUCAAGGGUAUCCUGGAUGGAUCAAGUGUUGAGCAGAAAAAGAGGAUUAUGAACGCAACGAAAGAUUCUCUGGUCAAGAUAUUCAAUAACUCCGACAAAGGUGCUGUUUCGCAUGCGAUAGUCCACCGUGCAUUGUGGGAGUACAUUUCCGCCGUCAAUGAACUAUCCGACGAGGCAGAGCGCGAGAAACAACGGCGAGAAAUGUUUGAAUGCUGUCAGGAUGCACUAGCCGAAAUGGUUCAUACAAAAGACGGUAGCCGCGUCGUCAGAGGCUUCCUCGCUUAUGGGACCGCAAAAGACCGGAAACUUGUCUUAAAAGCGCUGAAACCGCACAUUGAACGCGUUUGCCUUGACGAAGAGGCCCAAUUCGUUCUCUUCACUGCCUUAGAUGUCAUCGACGACACAAAACAAGUCGCCAAGACAUUAGUCUCGUCAAUCACAGCUUCGGCACAAAAGCUAUAUCUUACACCUCAAGGUCGACGAUCUCUUCUUUACCUCCUCGUCCCUCGUUCCAGACGGCACUUUACUCCAUCGCAAAUUGCGUUACUGGCGGAAACCGACGAGAUUCGGGCACUGACGAGCAAGAAGGAAGCUGACGUAAGAGAAGCAGAGAUUAGAGAGGCCGCUAGCGAGUCGCUGAUAUCCUGGGUGACUACGGACGCGGCGGAUAUAGCGAGAGAACCCGGAGGCAGCCUUGUCCUCGCCGAGAUCAUGUUGUACGCUGUUGGAGAUAAAUCCGCUGCCAUUAAAUCUUUACUACAAGCGAUAUCGGCAACCUACCCGUCUCCCGAUGCUUCCAACCCCCAUUUAAUCGACCUGCCCCACGGAUCACGCCUUUACAAAAACCUCCUGCAAGGGGGGCACUUUAACCACACGACGAAGGAGGUGGACCGCGCCCUAGGAUGGGACGCCGCGGAGUUUGCUGAAAAGUUCGUCGAGAUCGUUGGCGAGGACGUGUCGGUAGCGAUGUGUACACAGGGUGAAGCUAACGGAGCGUUCGUCAUCGCGGAAUUAUGCGACAGUAUACACCGGGGAGGCAAGUCGAAAACUGGCCAGACCGUCAAGGGUUGGUUUGGCAGCGAUGGCUUGAAGCAAGUUGAGCAGGGGAAGGCAAAGGGAAGGAGAGUCUUGCUCGAGAAACUUGCACUGUUGUGA